CCUCUCUCCCUUCGUUGCCCUCUCGCUUAUAGCAACAGGGCCGCUCUUCCAUUUCCCCUCCCUCCUCGCUCCAUUGCCUAAAGCUAGAAAGAGGCCUGAAGGACUAUAAGGAUCACGGUUUCCUUCUUUUCAUCGUCGUCGCCUUCGCUUGCCCUCGUCUUCUGCGCCAUGAAGGAAGCCACGAAACAGAGCUUGAACGUUGUCUCCGAUUUAAUGGUCCUCCCCCCCCUGCUCAGGACCCGGAGGACGAAGGUCUGCCUUUUCGCCUUCGUUUUCGCCUUUGUUGCUUGUACUGCUUACCUAGCUUUCUACCCCCGGGCGAAGGCCGCCCCUCGGUUUAACAACCCCUUGUCCUCCGCCUCUAUCUCCACCGCCACCUACCGAUCUCCGUUGUCGUCCCUUUUCUCUCACGUGUUUCAUAAUUCCUCUUCGUCGCCGUCGCCAAGAAAGGCGGCGCCUUUAUCGGAAAACAUGAGUGACGAUGGAGUUUCGGGGAGGAAGAACAACCCGGAGGAUGGCACCAGGGCAAACAAAGGUGGCAUCUUGGACGCGAAGAACCGGCCACGAAUGGGGAUUCGGUCGCGGGGAAGUGAUGUGACCAAGAUGAAUCAGACGGUUGGAGAAAUUGGGUGGCAGGAAGGUGGUGAUUCGACAAAGAAUCACACGUCGAAUGGCGGAAACGGGAUUUCGACGAAUGAUCAGGGGAAGGAUGGAGUUGGUUCCGGGAAAGGCUCGGUCUUGCCAGCGAAGAAACAGGCACGGAGUGGAGUCCCUCCCAUGAAAGAGCCUACGUCUGGAGUUGGUCCUCCGAAAACCGGUGGUGAUUCGACGGCACCAAAUCCGACGAAGAUUGGGGGCGCUUCUCUGAAUGAUACAGUCCUCGCAACUACAAAUGAAACCACAACUGGAGAUGCUGCUGGCGCAAAUGGAGAUUUACCAGCGGAGAAUCCGACGGUAAGAGGAUUCGCUCGAAAAGGACAUCGAGUAGAUGGAGAUGCAGCGAAGAACCAUUUCAGCAGUGGACCGGCCUCAACUCGAAAUCGUACCAGAACUGCCCGUCCGAAGGUUGAGAAGAAGGGGGUUUCGAGCUCGGCAGAGGCUGAAUGGAUCAGUACUAUGAAAGGUUGCGAUAUCUUUGAAGGAAGGUGGGUGAAGGACGACUCCUACCCGCUCUACCCUGAGGGAACAUGCCCUCACAUCGAUGAACCUUUCGACUGUUACCAUAAUGGCAGGCCUGAUCGCUCUUAUCAGAAACUCCGCUGGCAACCCAGUGACUGUCAAAUUCCGAGGUUGAAUGCGACUGAUAUGUUGGAGAGAUUGAGAGGAAAGCGGCUGGUAUAUGUUGGCGAUUCAUUGAACAGAAACAUGUGGGAAUCUUUGGUCUGCACCCUCCGGAACUCUGUCAAAGAUAAAAGAAAGGUUUUUGAGGCAUCCGGUAGGGAAGAAUUUAGAACAGAGGGCUCCUAUUCCUUCGUCUUCGAGGACUACAACUGCUCCGUGGAGUUCUUCCGCUCGCCAUUUCUGGUUCAGGAGUGGGAGAUGCCAAUAAGGAACGGGGAGAAAAGGGAGACGCUUCGGCUCGACAUUGUCGAGCGAUCAUCUUCCAAGUACAAAGAUGCAGAUGUCAUCAUCUUCAACACAGGGCAUUGGUGGACUCAUGAGAAGACCGCCAAAGGGAAAGACUACUACCAAGAAGGCAAUCACAUCUACAGUGAACUGAAUGUGGAGGAAGCAUUGCGGAAAGCUCUGAGUACGUGGGCAAAGUGGGUGGAUACCAAUGUGAACCGCGAGAAAUCCCUGGUCGUCUUCAGGGGCUAUUCCAACUCCCAUUUCAGCGGGGGGCAGUGGAAUUCAGGCGGGCAAUGCGACCAAGAGACGGAACCCAUCCAGAACGAUGAAUACCUCACAACAUAUCCAUCAAUGAUGACUCUGCUGGAAUCUGUGAUCAAGGGAAUGAAGACUCCUGUCUCGUAUCUGAACAUUACAAGAAUGACAGAUUACAGGAAGGAUGCUCACCCUUCCAUUUACCGAACGCAGAAUAUGACGGAGGAGGAGAUGAGAGAUCCAGAGAAAUACCAGGAUUGCAGCCACUGGUGCCUCCCUGGAGUGCCGGAUUCAUGGAAUGAGUUACUCUAUGCACAGCUGAUCAUCAAACAGCAUAAUCAACUGCUAUGACAAAUAGAAGCAAACUUGGGAAGGAGAUCAAUCAAACCAAAGAGGGGAUCAAAAAGUGGAGUUUGUAGUUACAGAGGGAAAAAUAUGGGUUGCUGGAAGAAGAAGUUAGUUUAGGAACAAUGAGUUGUGUGCAGCAGAAGAGAGAGACAGCAAGCUGCAUUAGUAUGAUCUUCCUCGUCUCUACUACACAUUUCUUUUUUGGCCACCUUUUAGUCAUGUAGAAUAUAAUGUCAAUCUGUGCAUUUAGAAAUCAAGAAUUUAUUAUCUGAAUUUAUUUGACUGGUCUUUCUUUUUUACUUUAAGUGUUUUUUUAGUGGUGAUGAGUGCAUUUAGGCACAGAAAUCAUUUUACUACCUGCUGAGCUAACACAUUUGGACAAGUAAUCUCUGAUAGGGGUUUUCUGGCUUUUUAUUGUUCAUAUUGACAAUUUUCAUUUUUCUCAAAUCAUAUGAAUUUUUUUUUUCUUUUUUUUUUCUACUAAGAUUCGUAGAUAGAUUAAGCACAAUCCAAUACCCAAAGAAAAGAAAAUAAAUAAAUAAAUUUUUAAAUCAAAGAAAUAGAUUUUAAAUAUUAAGUGCUCCAUGUGU